AUGCCUUUCCCAACAAACCAUUAUCAGAUCCUUGGUGUAGACAUCCAAGCUGACGACGCUGCGAUUAAGAAAGCCUACAAGAAGCUUGCGCUGGAGAACCACCCCGACAAAACUUUACACCUAUCAGCAGCACUAGUCGAGAGGCGGACAAAGAUAUUCAAGCUAGCGACUACAGCUUACGAGAUCCUACUCGACCCUAUACAGCGAGCGAAACACGACAAGACUCUAGCGCAGUCAGUGAGGCCUUCAUAUACGAAAACAGAACAACAUUUCCACCAACCGGGUACAGGAGGUACGGAACCCUUUCAGCACCAGUAUCAGCAACCUCCAAACCCCCCCAAACCUCCCGAACCUUUCUGGCCCCCAAAGUUCCAUCCUUUCGGUACACCACCGCCAAAUACCUCAGCACCACAACCCCCAAGAAGACAUCCCCUCACAUCUGGCACUCCCCCCGGACCUAUAGGCACCACACCAUCUCGCUGGUUCUAUGCGCCCGUUUCGGAAAAUCCCAUUCGCACGAACCUCUCCUUCUUAAACCACGCUGGUUGGCACUUCAGAAUCGAAGUGUCCAAAAAGUACAAAUGGAUACUCCGGCCUGUUUUGCCCCUCCUGAAUGCCGACACAGAAGGCGACAUCAUGGUAAGAAUAUCCGUACAACCUAACACCUACUCCGCCACUGUCAACGCUCUGAAAGAUGUCGUUAUAGACGUCAAAGCCACACCCGGGAACAAGGGUACGGCAUUGAGUUCCAUCUUCAAGGAAACCAGACAGGGUAUGGAAAUUUGUAUAACAAUUGGGACCCUGCCUGUCACUGCCGCUGCCCCACUUCCACCAACGCCAGCAUGGAGUUGGUCCUUUGAUGUUGAUUUAGGUUUCUUGAUACCGUUUUACAAGGAACUGCGGGUUAGUCAUCUCAUGUUUUACCCCCAUUACCCUUCGCAUGCUGUAGGGAAGGAUGGGGCAGUACCGGCGAAAAAGCCGUUUCCUAUGGGGUCGCCUCAGGCUGAAUUGGUGAGUUUGUUUGAGGAGAUACAGUUUGUGGCGAUGUCCAAGGGAUUCUAUUGUGAAGAAGUGGGGUGGGCAGGGAGGAAACGUUGGCGGCUUGCUGCUGUGGGCUCUGUAUGA